UAUAUGUCAAAAAGUUAGGUUGAAGUUGAUGCGAUUUUAUGUAACAGAUAUAUUAAUAAACAUUUUGAUAUUGGGGAAAAAUGGCCCACAAACUAGAAAAAGAGCCCCCUAAAAAGUAUGAUUACUUUGCCAAACCAGAUGGAGAAGAUAUCCCUCAAAAAUUAUGGUACACCUUGCAGCCAGCAGUAGCAGCUGCAUUGUCCCUUUCAACUAUCGAUGUAAUGUUAAUGAGCAAACCGAAGGGUUACGUUAAUAUUCUCAUGAGAUACGCUUAUGUUAGUUUCCCUGUGAUAGGAUGUACUGCCGCCUUUGUACUGACCUCUAAUUUUGUGGGUGCUCUUAGGAAGGAAUCAGAUCGAGUGAAUUGGGCUGUAGGAGGAGCUGCUGCAGGUGGAGUGGUUGGCAUAUGGAGCAGGAAACCUUCUACUGGCUGUUUGUGUGCCAUUGCCUUUGGUUUCCUUGGAGCUCUGAGGAAAUUUGCAGCAGAUAACAAUAUUGUAAUUAAUCCGACGGACUCAAGAGCACACUUUAGUUUAAGGUCGGGAGGCUAUGAUUAUACUCUUGCUAAAGAAAUUCCUGGAAAAUACACUACAGGACCUUCAAAAUAGAAAUUUUUUGUAAAUAAGUUCAAUAUACCUUUGUUGCAUAAGUAGUGAUUUGUGAAAUGAUGGAAGUAAAAGAAAGAGAUUAACAGUU